AUGGCGGCCCCAAAAAUGACCAAGAACCAAAUGCGCCGGGCGAAGAAGAAGGAGCAGAAAAAGGCACAGGUCGAGGUCAGUACUGUUUUCUAUCCAUCAGUUCACAACACAAUCCCAAUUUCUAACUAUUUCUCCCAGAACGGCUCAAAAGCCCCAGAAGAUACCAAGGAUGACACCCCAAGGGAAAACGGAUCUAUACCAGACGACCAAACACCCGUCGCCGAUCUCGAAGUCAAGAAGGAUGGCGAUGAAGACACAAAAAUGGACGCCGAUGGUCCCAUCAUCGACGAAAUCCCAUUGGACGACCCCGCCUACGCCGAUUUCAAGAAAGCAUUCGAAAAGUACGGCAUGAGCCUGGACGAUGACGACGAGGUAGCAAAAGAGGCCAACGCAGGCAACAAGGGCGAGGUCUUCUUUGACCAGGACGACGAGAUUCCCAGCGAAGACGAAGACGCGCAACCAAAGAUGUCCAAGAAGAAGCGCAAAAAGCUCAACAAGCUCUCCAUCGCAGAGCUCAAGGCUCUCGUGCGGACCCCAGAGGUGGUGGAAUGGAACGAUGUCUCGUCGUCAGAUCCACGUUUGUUGGUCCAAAUCAAGGCGCAGCGCAAUAUUGUUCCUGUGCCUGGGCAUUGGUCGUUGAAGCGUGAGUACCUCUCCAGCAAGCGUGGCAUCGAGAAGCCGCCGUUCAAGCUCCCCCAGUUCAUCGCCGAGACGGGCAUCACCGAGAUGCGAGAUGCGGUUUUGGAGAAGCAGGCCGAGCAAACCCUCAAGCAGAAGCAGCGAGAGAGAGUACAGCCCAAGAUGGGCAAGCUCGACAUUGACUACCAAAAGCUCUACGAUGCCUUCUUCCGCCACCAGACCAAGCCAGACCUGACUCGAUUCGGUGACGUCUACUACGAAGGCAAAGAGUGGGAGGCCGACUACAAGAUCUUUAAGGCUGGUGAACUCAGCGAAGGACUCCGGGAUGCUCUAGGGAUGCAACCAGGCUUUCCUCCCCCGUGGCUCCUCCAGCAACAACGCAUCGGUCCUCCCCCGUCUUACCCAACCCUCAAAAUCCCGGGCUUGAACGCCCCUCUCCCACCAGGAGCUUCUUGGGGCUUCCAGCCUGGUCAAUGGGGCAAACCCCCACUAGACGAAUACAACCGUCCCCUCUACGGAGGCGAUAUUUUUGGCCUCAUGGUCCCGGGACAGCCAGGGUACCCCACGGGCGCACCAGCUCAACCAGGCCAGCCCGCAGCAGCAGCAGCAGCGUACAUCACCCCGGCGGAACCAAUUGACCGCACACUUUGGGGAGAACUCCAACCCCCCGCCGAAGAGUCGGAAGAGGAAGAAUCCGAAGAAGAAGAAGACUCGGACGAGGAAGACGGAGACCACAUCCCGGCCGGUGGGAUCGAAACUUCCACCGGCCUCGAAACUCCGGGCGGAUACGCCAGCACACUCCACCCUGACGCCUCUGGUAUUGAAUCCAGCAUGGGAGGUGAAUUCGAUCUCCGGAAACAGUCCCGCAGGGGCUACGAAACGGAGGAACACCCACGGUCGGCGUAUACCGUCAUCCCAGAGAGGCAAACGAGAGUUGGAGGGCUUCUUUGGCUCGGAUAA